AUGGCCAGCAUGACCCGCACCAUCAUCGGCCUGGACACCAUCACAAGGAAUGGCUGUCGGUCUGGCGAGCUCACGACGGUGCGAUCUGUCGUCGGCUAUCACAAGGUGUGGGUACCGGGCUCCUGUCCUGAGGGUUGGCAAAACUCUUUCUUUCUGAUCAUCAACCGCCAGCCCAAGAUGCUUAAGCGCGUUCGGCUUCCUGUACCCCGCGAUACUCUGGGCUCUACGAAGCCCACAACGUAUAGCCCGUCACCCACGCUGCGCAGGGAUCCGCCGUGUUAG